CGGUUCCUGCGCCGGACCUUUGGCCGCCGCUCCAUGCAGCGCUACGCGCGGGGCGCCGCGGGGCGCGGAGCCGCCGGGCUGGGGGACGAGCGGGACGGGGGUCCGCGAGGGGGCCCGGCCGCCGCCGCCAGCUCCUCGGUGCUGCCCGCCGCGCCCGGGGGCAGCGUGUUCCCGGCCGGCGGCGGGCCCCUGCUCACGGGCGGCGCGGCUGUGCACAUCUCCGCCUGUGGAGCUGCCAGGGCUACCCUCUACUGCCGAGUCUUCCUGCUCGACGGAACCGAAGUGAGCGUGGACCUGCCGAAACAUGCCAAAGGCCAGGAUUUGUUCGAUCAGAUUGUAUACCACCUGGACCUGGUGGAAACAGAUUAUUUUGGUCUGCAGUUCCUCGACUCCGCCCAGGUCACGCACUGGCUGGAUCAUUCAAAACCCAUAAAGAAACAGAUGAAAGUUGGACCUGCCUAUGCUUUGCACUUUCGAGUCAAAUACUAUUCUUCAGAACCAAACAACCUUCGAGAGGAAUUUACAAGGUACCUGUUUGUUUUACAACUCAGGCAUGACAUUCUUUCUGGAAAACUGAAGUGCCCCUAUGAAACGGCUGUGGAACUAGCUGCUCUCUGUCUGCAAGCGGAGCUGGGGGAGUGUGAGCUCCCGGAACACACGCCAGAGCUUGUGUCUGAGUUUCGGUUCAUCCCAAAUCAGACAGAAGCCAUGGAAUUCGAUAUCUUCCAGAGAUGGAAAGAGUACAGGGGAAAGAGCCCUGCCCAGGCGGAACUCUCCUAUCUGAACAAAGCGAAGUGGCUGGAAAUGUAUGGGGUGGACAUGCACGUUGUCAGGGGAAGAGAUGGCUGUGAAUAUUCUCUUGGACUGACCCCGACAGGCAUAUUAAUCUUUGAAGGAGCUAACAAAAUAGGCUUAUUCUUUUGGCCGAAGAUCACCAAAAUGGACUUCAAGAAGAGCAAGCUGACCCUGGUCGUGGUGGAGGACGAUGACCAGGGGCGCGAGCAGGAGCACACCUUCGUGUUCAGGCUAGACAGUGCACGCACCUGCAAGCACUUGUGGAAGUGCGCUGUGGAGCAUCACGCCUUCUUCCGCCUGCGCACACCCAGCAACAGCAGGUCCACCAGGUCCGACUUCAUCCGGCUGGGUUCCCGAUUCCGGUUCAGCGGGAGGACAGAAUAUCAAGCAACACACAGCUCCAGACUGCGCAGAACCAGCACCUUUGAGAGGAAGCCUAGCAAACGUUACCCAUCCCGGAGGCACUCCACGUUCAAAGCAAGCAACCCAGUGAUUGCUGCUCAGCUCUGCUCUAAAGCAAACCCCGAAGUCCAUAAUUACCAGCCUCAGUACCAUCCUAACGUCCACCCCAGCCAGCCCCGGUGGCGCCCUCACUCUCCAAAUGUCAGCUACCCGCUCCCCUCCCCAGUGCUCAGCCCCACAGAACGACUGCCUUUUGGCCUUGAGGAGAAUGGGGGCACACCCUUCGCCUCCAAGACUUCGGGAAGGCGCCACCCGCACCAGCACCACUCCAACUAUGGCCUUUCUCUGACCCUGGAGAAUAAGGAGGGGCCGCUGAGGUCCCCGAACUCCAGCAAAGCCCUUACCAAGCUGAGCCCGGGAGCAACCGCCCUGUACAGCGAAGCAGCUGCCCACCUGAAGAAGCUGGAGCUGGACACUGUGAAGGCCGCGGGACCCUGGCCUGCCCUCCACAUCAACAUAAACAAGGCUGAGGAAAAGAAAGUUUCGGAGAAGACCCUUCAGACUCCACUGCUGCCUUCGCCAGCGGCAGAUCACGUGAAGUGUAACAUUUUGAAAGCGCAGCUGGAGAAUGCCUCUCGGGUGAAUGCCCAGAUUGCAAAAGAAGAGCCCUCGCUUGUAAAUAUCAAUAAGAAAUCGAGUCUUCAGGACACUAAUGUCAGAAGCCCCAUUCCUAUACGUGUGGAAACUGCCCAGCCAGCUGUGGAGAAACCAGAAAUCAAGCCUCCCCGAGUGAGGAGGUUAACGAGACAAUACAGCUUCGAUGAAGACGACCUCCCUCCAGACCUGGCUGAGGCAGUGGGAGCCACCACAGCCACAACCACCAACACCACCAUGUCUGCCACUCAAGUCUCAGUGCCACUGGCGUCCCCCAAAAUCCAGAAAGUCAGCUCACCUCAGAAGUCAGAAGUCAAGAGCCCACUGUCCCCGGGGACGAAGAGCCCCUCUGACCAUGGAGGCACAUUUACCUUGGGACCAGGCGACCUGCUGAUGGACUUCACAGAGGCCACUCCUCUGGCAGAGCCCGCCAGCAGCCCCCACUGUGCCCACUCUCGCUGCUCUCCUCCACUCUCUCUCCCCAUGAAGGAAGAGACCACUGGAGUUUGCAUGUACCCUCCAAUCAAAACGAGGCUGAUAAAAACGUUCCCAGCAGAACCAGUGAUGAACCCAUUUCCUGAUCCCUUUACCACAGGGCCACAGUUCACUGCAGACUUUAGAGAGAACAAAUUACAGUGCUGUCCUGGCCAGUCUUCUCCUCUGAUUCCAACAGUGACGCUGCGGCCACUGACUGAGACCGUGUCCACAGUACAGACCAUCUACACCUCCCGGAAGCCCGUCUCUCUGGCAGCCAGUGCAGAGACACUCCGGCAGGAACUGGAAAGAGAGAAGAUGAUGAAAAGAUUAUUGAUGACCGAACUGUGAAACUCCGCCCUUGCUGCCUGGAGAUGGCAUGGUGCCUUCGUCCACUUCCUUUCUCGGGCUCGGCGUGCUCGUUGCGGCACGACAUACAGAUGUGUGCUCUCUUCGCCCAGGUCUCCAGGGUUAGCGGAAGCCAGCUUCCGGCUUGACUUCGGAAAAGUUAAUUUAUGUCUCCUGAGCAUGAGAGGUUUUUCUACUGUUCAGUGCAGUGGAGACAGGGUUUGGUAGGAAGUUUCUAGAAGAAAGGGGAUUCCUGUUGAGAGGUACCUGUGUGUAUUUGUUCCUAACCCCAGGGGCUAACGCAGCACAGAAUCCUCCGCUUACACUCUCAACUAUGUGACUUUUUUAUGAUUGAAACUUGCACCAAGCUUUGGCUGUUUGUUAAAUGGGUCAUUUUUAUGAGAGAAUAUUCUUUACUGCUGUUUUGUUUCCCAUUUACACUGAUAAAUACACAGACUUAUAAAAUUAUUUAUUUUUAUUCAGAUGUGAAUAGAUGAAUGGAAAAAAAAGUUACAUAUUACAU